GCGUGACUGACAGCAUUCCCCUUCUCCCAGUGAAACCUGUAGGAACCAUUCAAAAGGACCUUAAACCCUGUGACAUUUCUCAUCUACUACUCCACAAUCUGGACCAACAAAAGCUCCCAGCUUGCAAACGAUUCUUCAUUUGAAGACCAAUCCUUAUUAGACCCUUUGAACAAAACGAUGGGGGAAACAAAAGGCAAGAGAAAAUGACAGCCAGGGAUAUUCCAGGAAGAGGACAUAAGUAUUGCCUUAAGUUUUCUGUGGAAGAAAUUAUCCAGAAACAAGUGACAGUGAACUGCACAGCUGAAGUACUUUACCCUCCAAUGGGACAAGAUACUGCACCAGAAGUCAACUUCACAUUUGAAGGAGAAAUUGGAAAGAACCCAGACGAAGAAGAUAACACGUUUUAUCAAAAACUCAAGUCCAUGAAGGAGCCACUAGAAGCACAGAAUAUUCCAGACAGUUUUGGAAACGUAUCUCCAGCAAUGAAGCCAGUUCGACAUUUAGCCUGGGUUGCCUGUGGUUAUAUAAUAUGGCAGAAUUCUACUGAAAACACAUGGUAUAAAAUGGUAAAAAUUCAAACUGUCAAGCAAGUGCAAAGAAAUGACGACUUCAUUGAGCUAGACUACACCAUUCUACUUCAUGACAUUGCAUCUCAGGAGAUUAUUCCUUGGCAAAUGCAAGUCCUCUGGCAUCCACAGUAUGGUACUAAAGUAAAACAUAAUAGCCGUCUGCCGAAGGAAGCACAGCUGGACUAAACAAAGACCCCAACACUGGAUGGAGCGUCCAUAUGCUUAUUAACGACGUGUAUGUCAGCCUUCGCUGAUACCUAGCUGAAGGGGCCAAACACACCCCCGAAUGCCACUUUGUAUAAAUGUCUUGAUUACGGCACAGAACUGUAUCACUUCCAUAAUAAAGAGUGUCAUGAUGUAAAAGUGUAUUAACAACAGUAACAGUGCUCUGUAUAUCCCAUAAUAAAAAGCUUCAACUCCAGCGUCAUAGCAAA